AUGUCGUCGGCGCCGUCCUCCUCGCUCUCCUCCGUCGUCUCGAACCUUGUGCGGGCCUCUAUGGGGUCCUCUGUGUCCCCCACCGUGACCGACGAGGACCUUGACCGCCACGUCGCCGAGCUUAUCCUGAAAGAAGCCAAGAAGAAGGCCGAACGAUAUCAGGAGACUGGCAUUCGCGCGUACCUCGCGCCUAGCUUACAUGACGCCAAUGCACCGAGGCCAAACAAGCGCUUCCUGUCCUCGAUCAUCAAGAGCACAGAUGACCACAAUCGUUCCAUAUUGCGCGCGCAGGCCGAGGCAGCCGAAGAAAUACAACGUCAACGGCGGGAAGAGGAACGCCGCGAGCGCAUGAAGCGCGCAGAGGAGGCUGUUGCAAGUCGCCGAAGUCGUGGCGCGGGAAGUAGCAGAGGCGAAGGAAGCAGUUCACGCCGGGAAGAACGGCACUCGAGCCGGAGAGAGGAAGGGCGGUCAAGUCGACGACACCGCGAGCGCUCUGAUGACCGAGACGAGGAACACAAGAGCAAGGGGAAGCGGAAGGAGGAACGAUCGAGCAGACGCGACCGCGAGGACGAGCACUGGCACCGCGUCGCUGAUGACGAGAAGUGGGAUCACUGGGACGGGAGAACGGCCGAGCGGGAUCCCAAACGCAAACGACGCGCAUGGGAGAACGCGAACGAAGACGACGAUGAGCCUGGACGUUCUCACAAGCGACGACAUAGGUCUCGCUCUCCCGACUGCGACGAGUUUAAGGACAAGGAUGACCGCUCACGACGCUCACAUCGCCACCGCUCCCGCUCGAAGGAUGGCGAGCGUCGCUCAUCUCACAAGCACAGCCGCCGCCACCAUCGUCACCGCAGCCCUUCCCCCACCUCAUCCUCUACUCGCGAUGACGCGCCACCAACCAAACACAAGCGUACCCGCUCCUCCUCACCCGCCUCCCGAGGCGAAGGCUCCUCCCGCCGCUCCCCCUCCGAUACCCUCCCCUCCCGCGAAAGCUCCCCUACACCCGGCCCCACACCACCCCUCCCCUCCAAGAUGGACAAGUACUUCGAGGAAGACUACGACCCCCGCCUCGACGUAGACCCUCUACCCGCCGCACCACACGUACCCGCCACCGGGCUCAUCGACAACACACAAUUCGAGGGCUGGGACGCUAUGCUCGACCUCCUGCGCAAGCGCAAGGAGGACAAGGAGGAGAAGAAACGCCUCGAGCGCCUCGGAUUCGACCCGGACGCCUACAAGGCGCCGAGCGGCGGCUUCGGAGACGGCUGGGGAGGGAGCAGCGGGGGCACGAACGUCAUGGACAUCCAGUACAGCAAGCGCGGGACGGUGCGGGAGUGGGACAAGGGGAAGGAUAUGAGUUUUUAG